AAAAAACCAAUCACAAUCUUCAAAUCGAAAUAGAAUGGCGCGCUUGGUGUCUACUGAUAUUCUAAGCCGCAAUAUCUCUAACAUUUUGGAAAACCUUCUCAAACGCUAUGAACAGUCACAACUUCCUACACAUGGAAAGGGGAUACCUACGGUGGUGCAAACCAAUAUACUUAUACGUAGUAUGGGUCCGGUGUCAGAGCGGGAUAUGGAAUAUUCAAUGGAUUGCUAUUUUAGACAGUAUUGGCGAGAUAAGCGGUUGAGUUUUGAGGGGCCAAUUAAAAGUUUAUCCUUGAGCAUUAAGAUGCUAGACAAAAUCUGGCGACCAGACACUUACUUUUAUAAUGGAAAACAUUCUCAUAUACACACAAUUACUGUGCCAAACAAAUUACUUCGACUUGGUCAAGACGGCGGAAUCCUCUAUUCGAUGAGAUUAACCAUUAAAGCCACAUGUCCCAUGGAGCUGAAAAAUUUUCCGAUGGAUAGACAAUCGUGUCCCCUUAUAUUUGGUAGCUAUGGCUAUACGAACCAACAGCUAGUUUACGAAUGGAAAGAUCAAGAUGAUGCCGUGUCAUUUGUCCCCGGAAUGACUCUUAACCAAUUUGAUCUCAUUAGCAUGAUGCACCGCAAUUUCACGUCAACACGACGAGAGGGUGACUUUUCAGUUUUACAAGUAGCAUUCAACCUCAAACGUCAUACCGGAUACUUUCUAAUCCAAGUUUAUGUGCCCUGCAUUUUGAUCGUGGUAUUGUCUUGGGUAUCAUUUUGGAUACAUCGUGAGGCCACUAGCGACCGUGUCGGUCUCUGUGUAACAGCAGUUCUAACACUAUCAACCAUUAGUUUGGACUCACGGACUGACUUGCCAAAAGUCAAAUAUGCAACUGCCCUGGACUGGUUCCUUCUGAUGAGUUUUCUCUAUUGCAUAGCCACUUUGCUAGAAUUCGCGGGUGUUCAUUAUUUUACUAAACUUGGCAGUGGCGAAAUACCACGUCUGGAAGAGCACUUGGAAAAUAUCAGGAAAACUAACAUAGCACAUGGCAUUGAAGCCAACAAAAAAGUUAGUGACGAGGAUAUAGAAGAUAAUGGUAGCGAUGAGGCCAGUGAGCAAAUGAACUCACAGAAUGAUAUUUGCGUUUGUUCGGAAAAUGACACUCUUGAAUUCGAAUCUGCAGAAUCAUUACCAACAGCACUAGAUGACACUGCUUUUCGUAAACGGAAUGCCCUCACAUGUCCUAUCUUUACCGUAAGUUCAUAUAUCUUUCCCAAGGCCUCCUCGCGUGGAGCCACCAUGGAACGAACCACGCAAACGGAACCCCCCGUCAUUUCGCGUAUGCGACAGAUAUGGCUCUGCCUCAAGAGUGACGACCAGUUCCGAAAACAGCGUGAGCGUGACGCAGCUGCAGAAAAGACUGAACAAGGUCACAACGUAAGCUAUGUAAACAGCGUUUCGCUAAUCGACCGCUUCGCGCGCAUUGCGUUUCCGAUGUCAUUUGUGCUUUUUAAUCUUUUAUACUGGUUGGCCUACGGAAUGUAUAAAAAAGAGUUUUCAUGGUCCACUAUAAAGACAUAG